CGCGGCGGCAACACACUUUGACGUCUCACAUACCGAUCACAUCGAAAUGUUGACGAUAUAAAUUUUUCCGAAAAUAUAUUUCGCAUAAAUUAUUUUUGUGUGCAGUGUUCAGUGUUUAUUUUGUGUUGCGAAUCAGUUACGAUGCCUAACUGUCUCUAUUUUGUUUUGGUGAUUUUGCUCGCUUCGGUCGAAGCGAGGAACAAGUCGCCCCUGAAUGACGAAGACAACUCGAGGAUUAGAAACAGAAACGCCGAAUGCGUUUUUGGAAAAGAUGUUAAAGAAUUGGGCACCCAGUGGACACCGGACUUGGGGGUACCGAUAGGCGUUCUCUACUGCAUGAGAUGCGAAUGUGUAGCAUUGCAGAGAAAGAGACGCAUCGUGGCGCGCGUGCAGUGCCGUAACAUAAAAAACGAAUGCCCCGAAGUCACUUGCGACGACCCUGUCCUGAAACCCGGAUCAUGCUGCAAAAUCUGCCCCGACGCCCAAAACGCCAACAUCGCUCAAGAACAAUGUCUCGACGUUGUAUCUCUCAAUUCCAACGAGGACGAGGAGAAAAACAACAAACACUACUACUUCGCCCUUUUAACCGGGAGAUCCUCAUUGGUGACCAACAAUGAGCCGAUGUCCAACGAGAUCAACAAAAUCAACGUGGUGGCGAACGCUCGCUUCACCUUCCACAAGAAAAACCUCCAUUACUCCUUCUUCGUCUCAGAGAAGAGUGCGAGACCCCAGCAGUUGCAGUUUGUAGACACCAACGGAAACAUCUUGGAGGAGUUCGCUCUAUCGAGACGCGGCGGUUUCGUCAAUAGUGCGUAUCAAAACGCGACCAAAAAAGUAUGCGGGGUUUGGAAGAGACUGCCCAGGGACUACAGGAAGCUGCUGAGGCAGGGCAAGAUGUACGCCGUGCUGGUGUGGGGCGACAAAGAUCAGUCCGAAGUCACUUUGAGCGGAAACAUCCUGCCGCAGGUUGGUUUGGCGAAGGAAACCUUCAGUUCUCUAUUGGAACCUUCCGGUAAAAACAAGGAAGCCAUGAUGGGUUCUGGUGGUACCGCCAUCGUUUCCUACAUCAGCACGCAAUCGGUUAACUCGAUAUACGUUGCUGUGGCCUUCAACGGGUUAUUUUACAACGAAGAAACCAACGAAGUUCCGGUGAAAAUAACUCUGUCUUAUGAAGAAAAAAAACACGUUAUCGCUGAAGAGAUUAUCACUGUCGAUAAAGCCUCCUCCGAACUAAACAUCGUGGAAACCACCAUUUCAUCCGUCACCCAUCCAGAUUUAAGGUUAUUGAGUAGAGGCAGACUUCUCCUCACCGUAUCUUCGGUGUCGCACCCGAACGAUCUGAGAUUGAGCGGGCACAUCCAAACCAAAAUCGCGUGCGAGCUCUUCCAAACCACUCUAUCCUCUGGACUGAACGAGCCCAACAAAAACGGAUCUUCCGGCUUGGCCUGGAUGUACCUCGACAACGAGGGUUCGUUGCUGUACAGCAUCCAGCUGGACAACUUCAAAAGCGUCCCGCCUUUCUCCAUCACCCUCAUGGAUAUCGCGAGCAAGAGGAAGACGGAGAUAGAUAACUUGACGCCCAGUUUCCACGGUGGUUGGGCGAACGGUACCUUGGAUAAACUCAGCACCAAAGUUUUGACGCCUCUGCAUCUCGGGAAUCUGCAUAUAAAUGUAGCUACGCAGAGUAGUAAUAGCUUGCUGAAGGGGCGUUUGGUUUCCAAAAGCGUUGAUGACGCCAGGGAUUCCGCGGCGCCUUUCUUGUUGAGGAGGGAGAAUUACGACGGUAUCCCUGCGUCCGCCACUGGUUUGGCUUGGGUUUCCAUCGAUAGCGAUUGCCAUUUGCACUACGACGUCACUUUGAGCGGCUUGGAGAAGAUGAGCGAGAGAAAAUUCAACUUAACGUUGGAGAUGUUUCCGAUGUUAGCACCUGGUGCUCCAGUUCUGGCCAAAAAUCUGGGCAACUUUACCGGCAAUCAGCAUGAAGGCUCCCCGAUUGAAGCGCUGAGUAACGAAGAAACCGUCAGAUUGUUCAGCGGGGUCUGCAUUUUGAAGAUCAAGGACUACAAAAGCGAUCAAACCCUUCUGACGACGACUUUAAAGCAAAUUUACGUGCCGCCGCAAUGCAGACCGCUCUACACCGACAACAACGUACCUUUGAGUCCGUACGGAGAGCAAACCAUCAUGGCUUCGCAGCCCGGUACGUGCUUCUACGAGGGAAAAUUUUACGACGAAGAGAAGCAAUGGACGUCGCUGAAAAACUCUUGCGUCACGUGUUUCUGCCAGAACGGCUUGGCCAAGUGCGAUACGAUGACGUGCCCGGACUUGAAGUGCCCCAGCGGCGAGAAGAUCAAAGUCGAGGGCGAGUGCUGUCCAGUUUGCUCCGAGUACGUCGAGAACACCAACAAGUGCAGUUUGAACGGGAUUUCUUACUCCGCCGGCGCCAAAUUCAACCCCUUCCUCAUACCAAAUGGUUUUGAUAGAUGCACCGAGUGCACGUGCGAUCCUGCGACGUUGAACAUCAAGUGUCAGCGGUUGAGCGAGAAGAGUUGUUCGAAUGCGAACCAGGAAGAGGCUGAGCAGCAAAACGAUGAUUUGCCGGCCAAAAGGCAGGAGAAAUUCGAGCGGAGAGACAUGGAGGAGGCGAAGAAAAUCCUCGAGAACGGAGGUUGCAGGAAUGUUAACCGACCCGACAAGCCGUACACCAACAACUCCGAAUUCCACCCGUUCAUCGACACCCUCGGGUACUACAAGUGCGUGACGUGCAAGUGCCAGGACGGCAGGCAAGAAUGCAGGAGAAAAACCUGCGACUUGAAGACGUGCGCCUUGUGGAGAAACAAGAAGCGGCGGAACGAGCCGAUGGACGACAACGAGUUCUGCUGCUCGGCGCAGGAGUGCCGGAAGUUGAGGCACAAGAAGAACCGCCACGUUUGAGGCCGGACGUCCGGUUAUUUCGGUGGUUUAGCGCGCGCGCAGGGCUCGAGUCCCACGUUACCCUUUUUUACCAAAGAAGACUGAGACAGACGGAGGAGGAUGCGGACAACACCUGUCGUAUUUAUUUAAAUAGAACAAGUAAUGAUAGUUUUAGGAUCCGAUGCAGUCAGAUAGGUCGGUUUAUUUAUUUUUGUAAAAUAUAGCACCUAUACAGUUGUCGUCCUUUAAUGGGAUGAUAGUACGCACCAAAAUAAGGUUUUUUGCAUUAAAAUUUUUAUAAGUAAAAUGGAAAUUUUGGGCCGCCACUGGUUCUUCAUGACCUACAACAACUAACUAAAGUUUUAAAGUGUCGAAAAAAAAAACGAAAAAAUUGGGGAAAAAAACUGUUUUAUCGCCUUGGAAAAAUUGUCUUGUUUUAAAUAAUUGAUAUUUUUACAAUUUUUUAAAUUUGUCCCACUGUACGAAUUUGCCCUUUCAUUUUUUAAAUUUUGCCCACUGCGCAUUUGUCCUUUAAUUUUUAAAAUUUGUCCCACUGUGCGAAUUUGUCCUACCAUUUUUUUAAUUUGUCCCACUGUGCGAAUUUGUCCUUUUAUUUUUGAAAUUUUGCCCACUGUGCGAUUUGUCCUUUAUUUUUUUAAAUUUAUCCCACUGUGCGAAUUUGUACUUCCAUUUUUUAAAUUUAUCCCACAGUGAGAAUUUUUCCUACCAUUUCUUAAAUUUGACCAACUGUGUGUAUUUGUCCUCUCAUUUUUUAAAUUUUGUCCCGCUGUGCGACUUGUCCUACCAUUUUUUAAAUUUAUCCCACAGUGCGAAUUUGUCCUUUCAUUUUUAAAAUUUUGCCCACUGUGCGAAUUUGUCCUACCAUUUCUUAAAUUUAUUCCACUGUGCAAAAAAUUGUUUUUUUUUUAAAUAAACACCUUUGAAAAAGGCAGCAAAAACAACUUCACAUUAUUUUAAUUUAAAAAAAAGCUCCUUUAUUAAAAAAAAAUUAAACUAAACAUUCAAUUAAAUUAAAUUGAUUUAAGAAAAUAAACGUAAACGUUAAAUAUUCUGUCGGUUGGGUCUUUUUUGCAAAAUUAGAAAUAUCCACAAAAUAAUAAAUGAUUUAUAAAGUUAAAUUACAAAAUUAUAAUUUUACAAAUCAAAGUAAUGUUAAUAAUACAUAAUACAGCAACACAUGUUUUUUUGCGAAGCGGUAGAAUAUUCUUACUGAAUUUAAAUAAAAGAAAUAAUUAUUAUAAACAUAAUAUUAUGAUUAAAUUCAGCGUCAAAAAUCACUUUUAUUUCAAUAUCAGUGUACAAAUGUCAUCAGUAAAAUUUUGGAAAUUUAUAAAAGAUUGAUUUUUGCAUUGUUUCGUAUUACCCUUUGAAAAAAAAAUUAAAAUAAGACAAUUUUUCUGAAUACUUUCCGAUUUUAUAUAUAAAAAAAUAUAUAAAAUGCAAAAACUUUCUUGUUUUGGCGCCUACUAUCAUCCCCCCUGUAUGAGGAGCAAACUUGCAAAAUGCAUUCUGCAUUUCUGCUUCAUAUCAUUUAAGAAAUUAAUAAUUAUGCUAACGAAUUAUUUAUUUGAGAUGUUGUAAAUUAUUCCAUAACUUUAAGACUAUCUACCAGGUAGAACUCGACAUACUCACUAGAGAUGAAGGCUGAUUUUCGAGUAGCAAAUUAAAAACCCUGUAUAUUUGCUACAAAGUAGCGCGCGUUUUUAAUUUGAUCCCCGAUUGAUGAAGGUAACAAAAAUAUGUAAUUUGCAUAUCAUUUUUGGUGCCAUACCUGCGACAUAUUGUAAAUAACACUCAGUAUGUAAAAAGACCCAAUUGUAAAUAUAGCGGGCUGUAAAUUUUCUGUAAAUACAUAGAUUAUCAAAAAUUAAACAUUGUUUUCUUACAUUUUAAAAUAAGUAGCAUACUGACUGUUACUUAUACUGUGAUUUAGGUACUUAACUAAAUUGUUGUUGUUAAAUUGGAACCUGUACUCGUAUUUGAGCAUUUAUUAUUAAUCAGAAUCUCCACAAUAAGCAAUACAAUAAGCAGUAUUCGCAAAAUUAUUAAAAUAAACGAGUGAAUGUGAUAAAGCAGCAUGUCUGAACUCUACUAUUUGUACAUAUUAUACGCUUUGUAAAUUUUUUUAGUCUAAAUAAACACACCGUACGUAUUUUAAGGAAAACCGUUAACUUUUUUCUUAUACUCUCUUAUUCUACUUGUUAGUCGUAAAUUUUUUGAAGCCUCACCAGUGCAUUUUCGCUCGACGAAAUGCAACACCUUGUAAUGUCAGUCUGGUUACUGAACUAAAAUAACAGUUUAAAUCUAAGUGUACCUGCUACAUGGAAAUAUAUGCUUCAUUAAUUCAA